CUUUUGCUCAGCGACAAUGACCGCCACCCCUCGAACUCCCUUCACCCGCGACGAUAUCUCUAUCGCUACACGUGCAGCAGAUAGCUUCACUCGCAUCUAUUACAACACUUAUGAUUCCUCCACUCGGGUGGCGGAUCUACCCAGUUUCUACCGGUCUUCCUCGUCUUUGUCCUGGAAUGGAACGACGAAGCAAGGGAUAGACGGUCUGAAGGAGCUCAUUACAAGAAUGCCUCCAACGAAGCAUGAGAUGCAAUCAUUUGACUGUCAUCCCAUACCUGGUACAUCACCACCAUCGCUUCUCAUUACAGUGUCGGGAAAUGUCACUCAUGGACGUGGUCCGGCUGGCAACCCACACACUACUGGCUCAAAGACGAUAGAUGGUCAUGGUCGCGUCUUUUCCCAGACGUUUCUGCUGGUUCCAGACGCUACAGCUGCAUCUACGAAAGCAGGAGAAGUUGGAAAGUACUAUAUUAGUGCGGAUGCGCUAAGAUUUGUUGGUUAGUUUACUAUGUUUGCCUUGUAUCAUUUUACUCAAUGCCCAUGGGCAUGGACCCCACCGACCUCUCGAAAUAUAGCAGUGUAUCAUAUCCCAUAUCGUCGAUUGUAUCUUAAGUUCCCUCAUUUUCCGACCCUCUGUUUAGAAUGCUUCUAGUUAUGCUCACCUCAAUUCUAAUCAUAAUUUAUUACAUAGUAUACAACGGAAUACAAAAAGCGUAUCAUCC